UUGAUUUUUUUUUUAAAGCUGAUCGUAUUCCUCAUCAUUUCAUUAUUGGCUUUUGUUUCGUUCGUUUACUAUAUUUUUUUGAAAAAAUUUCAACGGUGUGUUUUUUGUGCUCAUUUCUGUGUGUUUUAUCAGCAUUCCGACAAAAUUAUAUUUUUUUUAAAAACCAACACAUUCCUUUACGAUUUUCAUCAAUUGAAAUUAAUUUACCGACCAAUUUAUUUUUGAAUCAUUUUUUUUGUUGUAAAGAAAACCAAAUUCUAAAUUUUUGAUCUGCCAAAAUGUGUGACGAUGAUGUUGCCGCUCUUGUUAUUGAUAACGGAUCUGGUAUGUGCAAAGCCGGAUUUGCUGGAGACGAUGCUCCCCGAGCUGUCUUCCCUUCCAUCGUUGGACGACCACGUCAUCAGGGCGUCAUGGUUGGUAUGGGCCAAAAAGAUUCGUAUGUAGGUGAUGAAGCUCAAUCAAAACGUGGUAUUUUGACCUUGAAAUACCCCAUUGAACACGGUAUUGUUACUAACUGGGAUGACAUGGAAAAAAUCUGGCAUCACACAUUCUACAAUGAACUUCGUGUUGCUCCAGAAGAACACCCUGUUCUCUUGACCGAAGCCCCAUUGAACCCGAAAGCUAACCGUGAAAAGAUGACGCAAAUCAUGUUUGAAACAUUCAACACACCGGCCAUGUAUGUUGCCAUUCAAGCCGUGCUAUCGUUGUACGCUUCUGGUCGUACCACCGGCAUCGUUCUUGAUUCAGGUGAUGGUGUAUCGCACACUGUUCCAAUCUACGAAGGUUACGCUCUUCCACAUGCCAUUCUUCGUCUUGACCUUGCCGGUCGUGAUCUCACCGAUUACCUUAUGAAGAUUUUGACCGAACGUGGUUAUUCAUUCACCACCACGGCUGAAAGAGAAAUUGUUCGUGACAUCAAAGAAAAACUCUGCUAUGUAGCUUUGGAUUUCGAGCAAGAAAUGGGAACUGCUGCUAGUUCGUCAUCAUUGGAAAAAUCCUACGAAUUGCCUGACGGUCAAGUUAUCACCAUCGGUAACGAACGAUUCCGUUGCCCAGAAGCAUUGUUCCAACCAUCAUUCCUUGGCAUGGAAGCUAAUGGCAUCCACGAAACUACUUAUAAUUCGAUCAUGAAAUGCGAUGUCGACAUUCGUAAAGAUUUGUAUUCGAACACUGUUUUGUCUGGUGGUACAACCAUGUAUCCAGGUAUUGCCGAUCGUAUGCAAAAGGAAAUCACUGCAUUGGCACCAUCGACCAUGAAAAUCAAAAUCAUCGCUCCACCAGAACGAAAAUAUUCCGUAUGGAUUGGUGGUUCAAUUUUGGCAUCAUUGUCAACCUUCCAACAGAUGUGGAUUUCUAAACAAGAAUAUGAUGAAUCAGGACCAUCAAUUGUUCAUCGUAAAUGUUUCUAAAUCAACUAACAAAUUGUCUGCCAGAAGCCACACACACAACCUACAUCCCUCACACAAAUACACACCAUACAGACACACACACACACACAUUUACAAACACCAUCUUGAACAACAUCCAUAUUUAAGAUUGUUAAAAGUUUCUUAUUUUAUUAUUAACAGAAAGUUUUCAUGUCAUCUGUAUCUCUUUUUCUCUGCGUGUGUGUGUUUAUAUUGAGAAAUAUAUUCCAGUAAAAAAAAUGUUUGCUUAA